AUGGCUAUGCUAUCAUCGACGAAUGUUGUCGACGUCACUUCAGGAAAUUCCACACACGCUGCAAAGAAGCUCAAGUCAGCGAGCGUGCCGGAGGUUGUGGACCUGUCUUUCGAGGAAGCAAAGCUGCCCACACAGUCUUUGACACCGGAAACAGUCUUUCGCUCAUGUUCCGAACCAUUCGUCCAAGACAGAAAAAGUUUCAAGGCUCGCCGUCGCAAUUUCUUGCCCAACUCUUUUCAGGCCAAGCACGACGAGCUCUAUAAAGAUGCGUCAAGCCAAAUUGCCGGUAUCCAUCGUUCAAACCACUGGCAUUACCAACAAAUCAUAGACGGCAUCAAACUCAUCGAUGAGCUCGCAGACCAGGCUUGCGCAGAGAUUGAACAAAAUUCGGUUGAAGCAGAUGCAGCGUGCCAAAAGAUUGAUACCGACUAUGUUAUCGCAUUUGAUAAAGCCACCCCAGCCGUCUCGCUGCUUGAAGAAUACAGUCGCAUCUGCUCCGAGCACAGUAGUUUGGAUAAGUCGUGCAAGAGUGGACUCAAGUACAAAUUCUCACAUCUUGUUUGUCAAAAUGACGGAGAUAUGCACCGCAUUCAUGAGGACGAUUACAGAAACAUGGACGAGUCAGCCCACGAUGUCCAAGACGAACAGAUUCAUCUGUACAAUGGCCAAGAUCCUGUGACAGAAACGCCGCAGACGCCGAAGAGGCCAUGUCCAAGUCUGGAGAUGGAGGUUCCAGGAGCGCCUUCAAAAAGGAUCAGACGAUGA